AUGACUGACGACGACGCAAACGCGCCCCUGCUGGACAGGGCGUCACGAUCACCCUCACCUCAGCGUUCUAUGAGGUCUAGUCGAUCUGGGCAUCAACAACAACCGAGUCCUUUCAUUCCAUCCACAGAAUCGACACCCCUCCUGCUACAUCACGACGAUGGAGCAUCCCGAUACGGUUCAGCACUUGAAGCAAGGUCCUCACCGCCAGCCUCGAGAGACUCUUCGCUUUGUCGAACGACCGACGAAUCCAAAGCUCACCGGCGGUUGCCAACAUAUCUAGCUAUAGCUGUCUUAAGUGCGACCAUCAUCGCCAUCCUCGUUCUUGUAUUUGUCACGCCGGCUGCCGUCAAGGAAUAUGCCGAACAAGCAGUUGUCUUCAAACCUACCAAUCUGUCCAUCCAUUCAUCUACUGCAGACGGCGUGAGGGCUAGAGUGCAGGGAGAUUUCGUUCUGGAUGCAUCUCGUGUGCGGAAGAAGUCUGUUCGAGACCUUGGUCGGUUUGGCACAUGGGUCGCAAGGGAAGUCAAAGCGGAUGAAUCCGAGGUGCAAGUCUACCUGCCCGAGUACGGUAACGUGCUUAUUGGAACCGCAUAUGUACCCUCCAUCAAGGCCAAUGUCAGAAAUGGUCAUGUCAAUCACAUCGACUUUCUCACCGAUUUGGUGGCUGGUGAUAUUGCCGGCAUUCGACCGAUUGCCAACGACUGGUUGGCGGGAAGGCUAGGUCAACUACGCUUCAAAGCGACCGCAGCUGUUACCCUAAGUUCGGGUCUGCUCAGUCUAGGCACUCAGGUUCUGUCUGAUGUCGUUACAUUUUCAGGCCGCGACCUGCCCCAGUUUCCGGAAUUCAAUAUCACGAAGCUUAAUGUCCAUGAGGCAAAGAUGCCUGGAAACAAACAAGCAAUGGCUGUUGAUGUCUCAGCCACUGUGCUGAAUAGUUAUCCGUUCAAGCUCACCGUCCCGCCUCUUGGUUUCGAUAUCUUGGUGCCGAAUUGCUCGCCAGGAGACCCAUAUAUCUUAGUGGCCGAUGCCAUCACAGAGACAGUCCAUAUUCAACCAAAACAACCUACCGCUCUUGACGUCAGUGGACUGAUCCAUAAUCUACCCGUCGAAUUGACCAAAGUGUGCCCAGGACAGAAGAGCUCUCCGCUGGAUUUGCUCGUGGCAAAUUAUAUCCAGGGCUUGGAGACAACCAUCUUUGUUCGCGGAGCGGAUUCUCCGUCAGACGAGACUCCCACUUGGAUAGUGGACCUAAUGAAAAGUGUUAUAGUACCUUUGCCAUUCGCGGGGCAUGCAUUUGACAACCUGAUCAAGAACUUUUCAAUGACGAAUGUGCAUUUUAGCCUUCCAGAUCCCCUAGCUGAGCCAGGGAGUCCUGAAGCUCAGCCGAAGAUAUCGGCCUUCGUCAAUGUCCUAAUCAAUUUGCCCGAGCAAAUGAAUUUUGCUGUGGAUAUACCCCGUGUGCGUGCUAAUGCGGAUGUCUUCUAUCAUGGAAACAAGCUUGGAUUUCUAGAUCUGAAGAAGUGGCAGCCUGCGAACGCUACCCGUCUUGAAGGUUCCGACGGGCCCCCUAGCCUGCUGGUAGUAUUCGAUAUCAAAGAUGCACCGCUCCACGUUACAGAUGAGGAUGUAUUCACCGAAGCUAUACAGGCUUUGAUCUUUGGAGGACAGCCUAUUUCCCUCAAGGUGGCUGCAGAUGUUGAUGCGGAGGUGAAGACGGCAUUGGGGCAGUUUCUGAUACGCAAGAUACCUGCUGAAGGCAAGAUCAAUGUGAAGCCUCCCUACGGUCAGUCUUUAUCUGACAUAAACCCCCGCGUCGAAUCCCUGAAACUUCUACACACGACGGAAACGUCUGUUCUAGUUCAGGCAAUGGUCAACUUCACGAACCCGACAAAGUAUGCGGCGAUGAUCCCCCUGGCUGACCUGCUCCUGUCAUACAAUGGAAUAGGAGUCGCACAUUUGAUUAUGCGAAACGUCUCUGUUGUUCCUGGAUCAAAUUCUGGUGUUCCUCUAGAACUCCUCUGGAAUCCAUUCGAUUCAAAUGGCACUGAUGGGAUAGCAGCUGGUAGAGACAUGCUGUCACAAUACGUUUCAGGAAUGAACACUACUGUGACGCUCCAGAGCCACGAGGGUACUAUACCUGCGCUACCGCAGCUUGGCCGAGCGUUUUCCGAAUUGCGACUAGAUCUUCAAGUUCCCAGGCUUCGGUUACCGGGUGCACCACGCGAUGACGAUGACGAUCCUGAUGCUGAUGAUGGACCCCAUUUCAUCAAGGAUGCAACGUUUCAUCUGUGGACUUCAACCGCUGUUUUUACGCUGCUCUCACCGUUCGCUGAGACCACUGUAUUUGUGACUUCGGUCGAUGCGGUAGCUUUCUACAACCAUACAGAAGCCCUUGCGAAGAUUCUUUAUCAACUUCCUUUUGCAGUUCCGCCCGGCGAGUCAGAGACUCCAAGGCUCCCUGUCGAUUUAAACGUGAAUGAUGCUGGUCUUGAUGUUUUGAAAAGAGCUCUGGGUGGUACACUACGGAUGGAUGCUCUUGCGAAGAUAGGCGUUAGGAUGGGGGAAUACCAGACAGUUAUAUUAUACAAGGGUAAAGGUAUUGGAGCGAAAGUCAGGAUAUAG